CUGGCAAAAUUCAGAUUUCUCAACAUCUAGGCUCCGGCAGCUGUGUCCCAGUCAGGAUUAGCAGAUGUGCGUGACAGGCACUAGACAGUACUCUACACCAGUUCAGCUGCAGAAUCCAUUUGCCCUUCUGUAGAUGCUACGGGCUGCCUGCCUGGAAGAUUCUGAGAAUUCUUGGAACUGAAAGACACUGAAAGACAAGAGUGAGCUCUACCUGCAAUGGAACCAUCAAUAACAAUUUUACUGUUUGCUUUCACCAAACUUGCUUCAUCUCUGUACUAUGAAGGUUCAGGACACAGUUAUGGCGAGAUCCAAUCCAAUGAGGUUUAUGUUGAACCCCGCCCUUUGGGACCCUUGUUAAAUUACAGAGCUCCACGUUGGUGCUAUGAUCUACAUAUCAGUGAUGGGGAAGCAACUUGCUAUUCACCACUUGGAGGAAGUUACCGCAGCUCUCUAGGAACCCGGUGCCGUCUUUCUUGUGACCAAGGUUUCAGACUCAUUGGACAAAACUCAGUGCAAUGUUUAUCAAACCGGCGCUGGUCUGGGAUUGGCCACUGCAGAAGAAUCCAGUGUCAUGUUCUGCCACCAAUAUUUUAUGGAUCCUAUCAGUGCUCAGCAGGUGUUUCUGAGGGAUCUCGCUGUGAUUAUUCCUGUGCCCCCGGCUAUGUGGUGGAAGGAGACCGCAGUCGGAUCUGCAUGGAAGAUGGACAGUGGAGCGGUGGAGAACCUGUCUGUGUAGAUCUGGACCCACCCAAAAUUCAGUGCCCUGUGUCCCGCAUGAAAGUAGCAGAGCCAGAGAAAUUGACUGCAAGAAUAUUCUGGGGGAACCCAAAAGUGAAAGAUUCAGCUGAUGGUGUUAUCACACGAGUAUUUCUCCGAGGCCCAGAACCUGGUUCUGAGCUUCCAGAGGGAGAGCAUGUUAUUCGUUACACAGCUUAUGACAGGGCCCACAAUAGGGCAAGCUGUAAAUUUAUAGUAAAAGUACAAGUGCGGCGAUGCCCAGAUCUUACACCACCUCUUCAUGGUUACAUCACCUGUACUGCUGCAGGCAAUAACUAUGGGGCAACCUGUGAGUAUCACUGCGAGGGAGGGUACGAGCGUCAAGGACCAGCUGCCAGAGUCUGCCAGUUUAGCCAGAACUGGGCUGGAACACCAGCUACCUGUACACCCAUGCUUAUAAAUGUUAAUGUGAAUUCUGCCGCGGGGUUCAUUGAUCAAUUCUUUGAGAAGCAACGUCUUUUAUUUAUAUCCAGCCCUAGUUCUUCUGAUCGCUACUACAGAAUGCAAACUACUGCACUGCAGAGUGCAUCCUGUGGCCUGGAACAGCGCCAUGUAUUACUUGUUGAGUUAGUUGGAGAGUCCCCAAGAGAAGUAGGACGAGUGCGCAAUCAGCAGCUGUCCAAGGAAUUAAUAGAAGAACUGAGACAGGCUCUCCAUAUUUCCCGUUCAUACUUUAACAUGGUCCUUAUUGACAAGCAUGGGGUUGAUAGAGAUCGAUAUAUGGAUCCCACAACAUCUGAAGAUAUCUUUCUUUUUAUUGAUACAUAUUUAUUGAGCCCUCGGGAGCUCUCCCAGGUGGAAUUGAAUAAAGAAAACUGUGAAUGAUGAAGAGACUUUUCUGCUGAAUAAUUAUGAUAGACUCACUUCAGACUCAAUAGUAAAGGUCAUCUAAAUGGUUACUUUUUAUGGGACUAACAUUUAGAUGCAAGAGAGCUUGUUUACCAUUGGCAGUUGCACUCACCAUGCAUGCAAAAUUCGAGAAUGGCACUUUGCACCUUGGUUUUAGUGAUAAAACAGCCUUAUUCUAGUAAACAUUAGAUUAACUAUUGAAAGACAAUAUUUAUUGAAUAAAACCAGUAUAAAAAUAGUUUCUUUAGCAAACUGAAAAUAGUAACAGUAAUGGGAGUGGUUCUGUUUAUUAAUUUUAUAGCAUUAAAGCAAACAUAAACCUUCCAUAGCAGCAAAGCUUUACCCACCAGACUUCCAUCAUACUCUAAAAUACUAUCAGGGGUUCAAGCUUCACAGAUGGAUUCUUAUAGUAGUAUUGACUAAUACAUCUUUUUUCAAGUUCAGCUGUCCAACUUAUGCAAAAUGAGCUGUGACAAUGCUUUCUUCCUUCUCAGUUUGCUGGACAAGGUAGGACAAUGUGCAUGGUUCUCAUGCACCACAGUAUUUUAGUGAAUGGGCAGGAGGUGAAAGUUAGCAGAUAGUAAUAUAUCUUGUUUGUGGGUCUGGUGGGUAUUUUUUGUCCCCUCUGAAGUUAAAUAUUCCUUUUCUAAUGAAACAGCUGUCUCCAUGAAAAAAGUCUUUCCUAAGGUUGGCAAAAAAAAAAAAGUCUAUUGCUCUGGCCUUUGUAGCUGUUCUGGAAAUGCCUGGUUAGAAGCAGCCGGACAAAGGUUAUACAAGAAUGUAGUGUGGGCUGCGGUAAUACCUUCUGAGUAUUGGCUAAUUUGAUGCACUCAUGAGCAGCCUUAGCUGAAUGCAAGCAUGUCAUUUUCUAGGGGAAUGGUGCUUUUUCCAUUCCAUAGCACAGUCCCAGGCAGUGGUGUAUCCUGCAAAAAAGGGGCCUUGCGCAGAGAAGAACUUACCCCUAUCCUGAUGUGUCCUCCCUCUGCCCUGACACUGCCCCCGCACAGUUGCAUAUAAAUUCCCUUCUCCCCACAUGCACGUUGAGCAGGGAUUUAUAUGUAAAAUAGAGGAAGCAGACCCCGCGUUCCGAGUCCCCCCCCCUCCCCACCACCACCACUGUGGGGUCUGCUUCCUCUGUUGUUAUGCCACUGGUCCCAGGGACAUGUGGUAGAUGUUCUUUAACAUUUAUUUGGAUUAUUUAUUUUCAUUUUUUAUAUUUUAGAAGAUGUCCUCCAUAUGUUAAUUUGGAAUAAUAUGGAGUAGAAAUCAAGGGGAAAAAUCUUAAUUAAAGGGGAUGUUCCCCCUUUGCAAAAUUGUACCACAGGAGAAGAACAUUACUUAUUACAUCCAAAAUUUAAAAAUACUUCCUUUAUUAAUUAAAAUAAAUUGUUUACUAAAUUCUGAAUGGGCACAGAUGCAGAAUGAAAAGAGAGAGAUCAUCAGUUACCUAGAGUGGAGUUAAUUGCUACUGCCCAUGCACAUAAGUGCUUAACCUGAAUAGAAGAUAAGCUGGUAAAGUAACCCUUUAAUCCACAGUGUAGGUAGGGCCAUGUAAUUAAACAUGGUUGGAGUUUCUUUGUAGUAAAUACAAACAGCUUGUUCUUUUGCCUGGAUGAAUGAACAAGACAGGGAGCAAAUUAAACUCUUGUCUGCUGAAAAGAGGGGCAAAUGAUGGGUCCUGAGAAGGCACUUAUGUCAAUGCAGAGUCUGUUGAGCUUGGUAACAAAAACACCUACUCAGUCCCUGAUGGUUCCUCUGCUAAGUAGGCAGGUGUGCCACCAGCUCUUUUUUGUUUAAUCUGUAAGGGGAAAGAGAAGGCCUCUCUAUUUUAAAAUGGUAUAGAAAUAUAGAAAAGUAUUUAUAGAAAGUGCCUUUUUGUACUUUGUACUAACAUGAUUUGCCCACUGUAUGUAGAUAUUAUGUGAGGUUGUUUAGGCACGUCUAGGAGAACAAAAACAGUCAAGAAUAGAUAUGUUUAUUUUAGUUGCCUGGAAAUAAAUGUACUAUAAAAUAAAAGUAGUGGACCUCUUAUCCGGAAACCCAUUAUCCAGAAAGUUCCGAAUUACAGAAAUGCCAUCUCCCAUAGACUCCAUUU